CACAGCCUCAGAGAUUCAAGAGAGUCACUUCAGGAGUUUUACAGCACAACUUAUUAUUAUUUUAAGGUUCAAGAGAAUUACUGAAGAGGAGCAUAGCCUUCAGGCAGUCACAGAUCAAGAGAAGCAUAGGCUACAUAAAGCAGUCACAGAUCAGGCCUGUUUCCUGGAAACCAUGUGACACAGAACACAGACUAGCCCCACCCAGAUGGACUUCUAAGAUGUUAUCUAAACGGGACCCAGAGCAGGAUCAGGAGGAGCAUAGCCUUCAGGCAGUCACAGAGCAGUACACAAAAACAUCACCAACCCCCCAGGGAGACCAGUUAUCUCCGGAAAUGGAAGUCUACUGGAACCAAUAUCUAAGACAGUAGAGAGAGAGACAGGAAGUGAGUGGGAGAGAGUUGGGGAGGAAUCCGGGAAGGACCACGGGGCGGAAAUCGAACCCGGGUCGCCGGCGUGCGGUGCAGGUGCCCCAGCCAGUCACGUCAUUGCUAGGGGCUGUUCUCUGAUUUAGGGAUAAAGGGUCCACCUUGGAGCCCCUGGGUCCAUCCAAAGACCUGAAGAUGGAUCACAGUGCAGAGAAGAAGCUUCAGAAGAAACUGAAAAAAAGACCACAGACACACAGACCAGAGUCUCCAGUGCCCAGCUGUGUGUCUAUGAAGAGUGAUGGAUCCAUGUUUGAACCACCCAGAUUCAGCAGUGGAUCAGUACAGUCUAAACCACAAUCGAAGGCACAGAGAGCUCCAUCUCCAGUGCCCAGCUGUGUGUCUAUGAGAAGUGAUGGAUCCAUGUUUGAACCACCCAGAUUCAGCAGUGGAUCAGUACAGUCUAAACCACAAUCGAAGGCACAGAGAGCUCCAUCUCCAGUGCCCAGCUGUGUGUCUAUGAGAAGUGAUGGAUCCAUGUUUGAACCACCCAGAUUCAGCAGUGGAUCAGUACAGUCUAAACCACAAGUAAUAUCUGCUCCUGAGGAGGGGGGUGCUGCCUCUAACACCAUUCUCUCUGAGGAACAACACACCAGCCAUGGAGCUACCAGUUAUCAGCACAAAUCCCACCUGCAGAAGAAGUUUAAGUGUCUGAUAGAGGGAAUCCCACAGCAGGGAGACCCCAGACCCCUCCAUGAGAUCUACACAGACCUCUACAUCAUAGAGGGGGGGAAAGGAGAGGUCCAUGAUGAACAUGAGGUCAGACAGAUAGAGAGAGCAUCCUGGAGAGAAGCAGCACAAGACAGACCCAUCAAAUGCAGUGAAAUCUUUACACGCUUACCGGAAGAAGAAAAACUCCGAAAAAAACACUUCACUGAAGAGGAAAGACAUAGAAAAGAAGAGGCAAAAACGAAGGGCACAGUCUAUCAGCCCAGGCAAUACAAACCCCUCAGAACAGUGCUGACAAAGGGAGUGGCUGGCAUUGGAAAAACAGUCUCAGUGCAGAAGUUCAUUCUGGAUUGGACUGAAGGAACAGCCAAUCAGGAUGUCCACUUCAUAUUACCUCUUCCUUUUCGGGAGCUGAACCUGAUGAAAGAGAAGAAACUCAGUCUGGUGGAUUUUAUUCUGCACUUUUCCCCAGAAAUCAAAGAUCCCAGAGUCUUCUCAAGUUCAGAGUACAGAGUCAUGUUCAUCUUUGAUGGUCUGGAUGAGUGUCGUCUUCCUCUGGAUUUCCGCUCCAACCCAACCUGUUGUCAUGAGACAGAGCCAGCCUCAGUGGACGUGCUGCUGACAAACCUCAUCAAAGGGAAUCUGCUUCCUUCUGCUCUCCUCUGGAUCACCACCCGGCCAGCAGCAGCCAAUCAGAUUCCUGCUGAGUGUGUGCACUGGGUGACAGAAAUAAGGGGAUUCAAUGACCCACAGAAAGAGGAGUUCUUCAGGAAGAGAAUCAAUGAUGAGAACUUGGUCAGCAAAACCAUCACACAUCUGAAGUCAUCCAGGAGCCUCUACAUCAUGUGCCAUAUUCCAGUCUUCUGCUGGAUUUCAGCCACUGUUGUAGAGAAAACUUCAAAAGAAUCAGACAAAGUAAAAAUGCCAAGGACUCUGACUCAAAUGUACACACACUUCCUGGUGAUGCAGACAAGCAUUAAACAUGUCAAGUACACAGAGAGAAAAGAGACAGAUGAAGAUGUGAUUUUCAAACUGGGGAAACUGGCUUUCCAACAGCUGGAGAAAGACAAUCUGAUCUUCUAUGAGGAAGACCUGAGAGAGUGUGGCAUUGAUGUCACAGAAGCAUCCGUGUACUCAGGAGUGUGUACUCAGAUCUUCAGAGAGGAGUCUGGGCUGUACCAGGGGAAGGUGUUCAGUUUUGUGCAUCUGAGCAUCCAGGAGUUUCUUGGAGCUCUGUAUGUGUUCCUCUGCUUCAGCAACAGACAGAGAAACAUGCCUGACCAACAGCAAAGCUCUUGGCUCUCUGCUCUAUUCAGAGCUGCAACACUUCAUGACCUACACAAGACCGCAAUGGACCUGGCCUUAGAGCGUAAGAAUGGACACCUGGACCUUUUCCUCCGCUUCCUUCUGGGCCUCUCACUGGAGUCCAAUCAGAAUCACUUAAAGCACCUACUGCCAAAGUGCAGCAGCCAAUCAAAUAGCUCAGAGCAAACGGUCCAGUAUGUCAAACAGAAGAUCAGAGAUCAGGCAGGGUCAGACAGAAUCAACCUGUUCUACUGUCUGAAUGAGCUGAACCACCAUGCUGUAGUGGAACACAAAAUGAACUCAGUAGAGCUGCAUGUAGAGACACUCUUACCAGGAGAGUGGAAAACUAAGAUAUGGAAGACAUUUAAGAUGUCAGAGGAGCAGCUGGCUGAGUUUGACCUGCAGAAGUACAUAAAGACACCAGAGGAAGACCAGACUGAACUCCUCAGUCCAGGUGAAGUAAUUCAGAAAGUGCUGCCAGCAGUUACAUCAGCUCUGCUGCAUAGCUGUGGUCUGACCGAUAAGAGCUGUUCCUAUCUGGCCUCUGCACUGAAGACAUCACACUCAUCAAAUCUCAGAGUGCUGGACCUGGGUAAAAAUAAGCUGCUGGACUCAGGAGUGGAACUUUUAUGUUCUGCUCUUUGUCAUCAAAAUUGCAAACUGGAGGAACUACAUCUGCAUGGUUGUAAUCUGACUGAUAAGAGCUGUUCCUAUCUGGCCUCUGCACUGAAGACAUCAUCAGAUCUCAGAGAGCUGCGCCUGAGUAGCAAUAAGCUGCUGGACUCGGGAGUGGAACUUUUAUGUUCUGCUCUUUGUCACAACUGCAAACUGGAAGACCUACGGCUGGAUAGCUGUGGUCUGACCAAUAAGAGCUGUUCCUAUCUGGCCUCUGCUCUUAAGUCUCCCUCCUCAAAUCUCACACAACUACACCUAAUUAACAACCAUAUUAGUCCAUCAGCUGUUGAGCCGCUCUGUGCUCUAGUGAAGGACCCACACCGUAAACUGAAGACACUAGAAACUGAUCAUGGAACAGUAAAGUUCGAGUAAAGUGUUGAGCCGCGGCCCUGAGCUUUCCAUUUCAAACAUGGAAAGCCCAAGGCAGGGAGAGCAACAAUAAACCCUCCAUGGGCUACAGAACAGAACAAACAUCCAUGACAAGACAUUGAGAAGUCAGAAGUAUGAGGGGGUAGACACACAACAUUGACAGUCGUUUGCUCAGAUCCUGUUAGGACAUGUGUAAGGUUCAUCAGAGUACUGGGAUAUGUAUGUAAGCACCUGUAAAGUACAGGUUUUUUUGUUUCACUGUAUACUCCACGUACCACAAUGCUUUGUGGUUGUACAUGUGUAUUUACCUGAUCCAAUGAGAUGUAUUUGUUUGGUUGCUUUUAUUUGAAUUUUAUGGAUAACCAAUGGUUGGUAGUUAUUUUAUUGUGCCUGCGAAAUCGCGGGGAAUACGAACGUUCUACCUCCUCAGCGAGCGAGACUGGCUCGUCAGUCCGAGGCCAGAGAGUGAGGAGUGAGGUCCUCUCUGUGUAUAACGCACACCCGUCAAGAUGGGGUUACAUGUACAUUUGUUGUAUAAGAGCAAUAUAGCAUGAUUGAGGGAUUAGUAAUGGAUAUUCCCACAGCUGGUGUUGCCUGCCUACAACACCCAGUUGCACUUUGGGCAAUUUGCAUAAUUAUAUAGGCAAUUAAGGUGAAUAGGGUGCAGGUGAAUAGGGUAAAAAAAUUAAAUAAUAGAUAUCACUAUGAAACUUUCUUAAGGCUGGCUUACAUUGCACGAUUUUGGUCUGUUUUAACAGUCGGCGACUAAAUUUCCACAAUCGGGCGGAAAUCUUGGGAGUUGUACUGAAAUCGCAGCGCGCUCCCGUCAUCUAAAUCGUUUAGUGUAAGGUGCCAAUCUUAGCUGUUUUAAGUCCGUCGGAGUCAGUCUUUUUCUAGUUUUGCCGUUACGACAAUAUCAAACAUGUUUGAUAUUAUCGGAAGUCUUUUCAGUCGUGGCUCAUGCAAAUAGUGACGUGAACAUUAAAAACCAAUAGUAACCUUGCGCGAACAUGAAACAGGAAGGGGCAAAAUAGGCGACAGCUGUAGCCUUUAUGAUUAUUUGUUAUUUCAUUUCUUAUAAUUUAUUAGUCGGCUGUUCUACGUGACAGAACAACUCUAUAUCUGUUAGUGAUGUCACACAUCAAACAAUGCUGCAGAAACGCGAAAAAAUUACUUUGAUAUGAGUAGGCUAUCAUGUGAUUUCCUGUGAAUGAUGACGUGUAGCCUAUUGCACGAUGGAAAUAAUUUGAAGGAAUCUAGCAGCAGUCUUGUAAAUAGUGACCCACAGUCUUUGCAAAAUCCUAAUCUGAGACUGGCCUGUGACUAAAAACUCAAUGAAUUGUCUCUAGAUGUGAGAGGGUCUGAGACUGUAGUUUUUCAAAAAUCUUUUCCAAAUCUUUGCAAAGUCUGGCAAUGUAAGGUAGGCUUUAGUUGGUUACUUGUGCUAAGAUGAGAAAAAAUGUAUUGCAUGUUUUUUAUAUUUUAAUGUUUACAUAUGCAAAUGAGGCCAUGUCUCAUUAAACCCCACUAUUACUAGCUUUAAAUCCAACUUAAAGACGUACCUCUUCUCCCUAGCUUUUGACACUCCCUGACCUCUCCACCUCUCCCUCAAAUGUUUCCUUUUUGUUUAUCUCCACUGUUGUGUUAUCUUCUUAACUUUUCUUGAAUUUAUUUUUGUUUUUUAUUGAUUUUUGUUGUUGUUGUUUGUUUGUUUUUAUGUUUCAUUAAUAGUAUCACAAUGGCCAUCUUUUGUCUACUAACACUGUAUUAUUAUUAUUGUUAUUAUUAUUGAUGAUUAUUAUUAUUAUUAUUAAUAAUUGAAUCAUUAUUGUUAUUUAUUUGUUUUAUGUAAAGCACUUUGGUGCAAUGCUAUUGCUUUUAAAUGUGCUAUAUAAAUAAAAUAUGACUUGACUUGA